AUGCUGCACAGCGUGCAUGACGCAGGGCACGAUCCAGGAUUCACGGAUAUCCUGGCCCCAGCGGCGUCACAUCUUUCCCUCAGCACUUGCUCUGAAUCGACCUCAUCGAAGGCGACCUGCUCGGAGUCAUCCGAUGAGGACAAGCGACGAUCCCAGAAAAUCCGACCUGCCUUUGUGGCCAUUGCGGCGUUGAUGAUAUUUCAGGUGGCCCUGAUUUGCUGGGCUUGUGUGCCGAUACCACACGAAUCUUCGAAGAUUUCGAUCUUUAGUCCACGAGGAACCUUUGUGACCAACCAAGUGCUCGCAGCCUUCCAUUGCUGUUGUGCCCUGGGCUUCUGCUUUAUUUGGAGGCGCAUGAGUCAUGUACCCAUGCUGCUCUCCGAACUCCUGGUCUAUGUCAUGAGUGGCUGGUCAUUUUGGCUCCUGGGGGCUGCUUUAUCCUUGACGUACUUGCAUGGAUUUCCAAUGGCCAUCCAGAUCGCAGUAAUGUCUUUGCAAGGAUUUAGCUGCGCUUGCAUUGAGUUUUGCUUCACCUACUUGCUUCAAAUCAGAUUGUCCCUCCUGGAGAAAGGAUUUGGCUCCUGCAUGGGUGUUCAGGUGACUCGCAGGAUUCGCCUCUUCACGAUGACCUGUCAACUGACCUUUGUUGGUCUCGGCGCGCACGCUGAAGCCAUCAAUGCGCAGAAGGCAUUGGAUUGGUCCUAUGCUGCUUUUCAUCUUAUUGCUGCCGUUGGUGUCCUUGGAAUUUUGAUCGUCUCAGCAAAGGCCAUCUUAUCGUUGACCAACGCCAUGAGAGAAGUGCCGGUUCCCAAACAGAGCUUUGCAAAGUUGGAGAAGGACUGGUCGCUGAAUGUGUUGAAGAGAAUGGCUGCAGCUGUCCUGGUCUCUGGAUCUGUCAGCAUCGCAUCUCACUUGUUCUGCAUGCAUGCGAUUCUCUUGGUACAUGGUGGUUUUCGACCACUGCUUGGUACAGCCUACCAUGUGGCCGACAUCGUUGCCGAAUUGGCCGGUUUGGUCUUCAUCGUGGGCAUCUUGCGGCCGGAGAUGCCGGAUCUGCUACCGCCAGAGGCGCGCUCCAUGCGUGGUGCCUCCCGACUGCUGGAGGAAUGCUCCUCCGAAAGCGUCCUUUGGAACGCCAAAGUGCAGGAGCUGGCGCAUCGCAGCAUUGAUCUGGAGAGCCUGUUGGAUUUCUACGAGAAACUUGGAUCGGAGGUGAUGAAGCACUUUGAUCCGCAGGUCUCAACCACCGCGGAUGUGGUUCGACAGGCGGUGAUUCCUCUUUCGCGCGUGGGCAACGGUGGAGUGGCUUACACAGACUACCUGGUGAUGGCAGGCAAACCAAGCAGACAGAUGCCGGACUGCAUGGUGACUCACACAUGGUCUAGUUUGUUUCUCCACUUGGUGGCGGCAGUGGUGUCUGACGCAUUAGAACUUGAUGAAUACCACUAUAUAGCAGCGAAGAUCAGUGAGGGCAAGCUGGCGACAAUCAGACACAGGCUGGUAGAGAAGGGUGUGCUGCAGAACCGCUACUGGAUUUGCUGCUUUUGCGUGAAUCAACACGCCAGCAUUUGCAACGGUGUAGGCAAGGCUCCUGGCGACCCAGCGGCUCUUGCACGUUGGGAACGGAAUCGGCGAGACACCGCGACAGGACAUUUGCUCAGCUUCUGCACAUGCUCAGAGCCCAAGGUGUUGAACGAUCAGCCAGACAGGUGUGAGUUGAACAAGUUCCACGUGAUGAUGUUGUGGUUGCAACGAUCCAACCCGAAGUUUCGUCAACUCGUCGCAGUGGAUUGUGAUUUUUCGGUCUUUGAGCGCGCCUGGUGUGUCGCCGAGCUGGUGGCGGCGCACAAUGCAAAGAUGCCUCAAAGUGUAUGCCUAAGAUGCAACAAAGCCUUUGACCUCGACGCCGAAGAUCUGUCGAUCUACGGGAAGCUCACGAAUCUCUCCGUGGCCAAUAGCCUGUCCUCAAGACCCGAAGACAAAGAGAUGGUCUUGUCGCAGAUCUCCAGUGUGCCAGCCUUUGAUGCAGAGUUGCAAUUGCUGAUCUUCGGCAAUCGAGGUCUCCUGAAACAGAAGUUCUUUGGCUUUGACAGCCUGAUUCCAGCAGCCAGAACGGCUCGCAGGCUUUGUAGGAUUGCAACGCAGAACAAUAUUGUAUAG